AUGGCAAACCACCGAGAAUUCGAGUAUCUCCUAAGCUUGGUUGGUCCACUGAUAAAAAAGCGAGAAACGUACACUGCUUUUUCACCCACUCAGAGGCUUGCUGUGACAUUGAGAUUCUUGGCAGCAGAAGACAGUCAGUAUACUCUGAGCUUUUCCUAUCGAUGUGGCCAGAGCACUGUCUCUCAGAUUCUGGGCCGAAACCAUUCGAGCACUUGUAUUAAAGAGUGUAUUUGUGUAAAACCUCCAGCAAAUGAAGCGGAGUGGCAUGAGGUGAGUGCUGGAUUUUGGGAAGAAUGGCAGUUUCCUCAUUGUGUGGGGGCCAUCGAUGGAAAGCACGUUCAAGUACAGGCCCCACAAGCUUCUCAAAGUGUUUAUUUUAAUUACAAGAAGACAUUUAGCAUGGUUCUAUUGGCAGUUUGUGAUGCACACUACAAUUUUAUCAUGCUGGACGUAGGAGCAGAAGGCUCACAAAGUGAUGGCGGAGUUUUUCAAUCGUCUGAAAUGGGUUGGCGAUUGAAUGAUGGAUCCCUUGACUUGCCGAAUUCAAGUCAUCUACCAGGAACUGAUGUUGACAUGCCCUACGUCCUUGUAGGAAAUGCAGCUUUCCCUUUGAAACCUUUCCUGAUGAAACCCUAUGGCGAGCGCAACAUACCCCAUGACAAGUCUGUGUAUAACUUCAAGUUGAGCAGAGCAAGGAGAGUAAUUGAAAAUGCUUUUGGCAUUUUAGCGGCUCGUUGGGGGAUUUUCCGUCACUCCAUUAUUGCUACAGAAGAGAAUGUGAAAAGCAUUAUUGAAUGUGCUGUUUGCCUCCACAAUUUCAUCCGCAAGACAGGCGACAGGAAACUCAACCUACAAUAUUGCUUCCCUUCUUUUGUAGACCAGGAAUUGCUAACUGGCGAACUGGUAGAGGGAGAAUGGCAUGACAUUGUUGCUGGGGAGAAUGGAGCCAUCAUUGAUGGUCCACGGAUGGGAGCAAGAAAUGCUGCUCUUGGAGUUUUACAACAGAAAGAUACACUAAAAGAGUUUGUAAAUAGGCCUGGGGCUAUGCGCCAUCAAGACAAUAUUGUGAGGAUCCGGCAAGGAAUUAUCCCCCUUCAGUAG